AUGUCGGCCCUGAGGAAUAGGCAGCUGACGAGUCCGAAAGGCCAGGCUAUGAUAUCCUCUUUCUUCUCUCCAAGCCAGGAGUCCCCUACCAGGCGAAAGAAGAGGACUAGCUCACCGAUCGACUUGACGGUGGACUCGGGCUCUGACGAUAAUGCGGACGCGCACCGCUCAAAAAGACUACGGACGACUAGUGCUUUCUUUCAACCAAAAGUUGCUCAGGCAAAUGAAAUUGCUCAAGCGGGUCCAUCUCAUACGCAGACGCGUCAUGGCGGUGCAGCAGAGCAAUGGCGUUUCGACCUCAGUUCAUCUGCUGCAGCGAAGCCACGCAGCGUUGCUGAACAGACUGAGCAAAAUAAACUGCACGAGAAGGCGAAACAUAUCCUUCUUGGGGACUCUGAGUACUUUUCUAAGGUCAAGCGUCCCGAGGACGCCGAAGAGGACGACAAGAGCGAGAAGGCCGACGAGGAGCCGUCGGCUGGAGAUCAUUCAGCCGGCUCCGUGUCGUUUGAGCAGUUUAUGCACAUGGUUAACAGCUCCUCCGCGAGUAGUAGCAAAAACAUGAAGGGCAAGAAGAAGGCCGGUGAGGUUGGGCCUAGCGGCGAGACAUAUACAGACCUUGAGCUACAAGUAAAAGGUUUCAAGGAAAAGCACAAAGAUGCUAUCUUAAUGUUUCAAGAUGGAUACAGAUAUAGGUUCUUUGGCGAGGACGCUGAGGUUGCAGCCAAGGAGCUUGGAGUACUGUGUUUCCCCAAGAGAAACUUCCUGACAGCUAUGAUACCUAUACAUAGACAAGACGUGUAUAUCAAAAAACUGCUCGCAAAUGGACAUAAAGUCGGUGUGGUCGAGCAAACUGAAACUGCGGCCCUGAAGAAAGUUAGCAAGAACAAAAGCAAGAUAUUCAGCCGUGAGCUGACGCAGCUGUACACCGCCGCAACCUACGUGGACGAGUUGGAUUCCGUCGACAACACGGAUCGGACGUCUGCACCGCCGCUCAUGUGUCUCGCAGAAGAGCUGAGAGGUGGCAUGGGUCCCGACGAACGCGUACGAUUCGGGAUGAUUGUCAUAUCUCCUAGCACAGGAGAUGUGGUAUGGGAUGAAUUCGAAGAUAAUCAUAUGCGGACUGAGCUUGAGACGCGGAUGGUGCACAUCAAGCCGUACGAGAUGCUCAUACCGAAGGGUGACGGGCUCAGUAAACCGAGCGCGAAAAUGAUUAACCACUUCAUUCAGAACUCAACUUCCGACCACGGCAUACGAAAGGAGCAUUUCAGAGUCCACCUAUCCUACUCCGAGGCCUUCGCACUCCUCACCAAGUUCUACACCGAUAAGACGGACUCUGCCACCGCCUCGGACAGCUACAACUCGGGAAAACUGAUGGCCGCGGUGUCAGACUUCCCCAAUCUAGUGGUCGUGGCGCUGGCCCACGCCAUACAAUACUUGUCAGCAUUCGAUGUCGAGGGCGCCUUCCGGGAGACACGAUUAUUUGCUAAGUUCACAGAGCGUACGCAUAUGUUGCUCAAUGGCAAUACCCUCACAAACCUAGAGAUAUACCGCAAUGAGACGGACUUCACGAUCAAGGGCUCUUUGAUGUGGAUCCUCGACCAUACGGCCACCGCGUUCGGGGCUAGGAUGUUGAGGAGCUGGGUGGGCAGGCCCCUCGUGGAUUUGAGCGCCCUCAAUGAUAGAAUUACUGCCGUGCAAGAGAUCCUCGAGGACAAGACACCGAAAUUAACCCUGUUGCGCCAGCUGUUGAGACGUCUGCCUGAUCUUGCGCGAGGCCUUUGUCGAAUACAGUACGGCAAGUGUACCCCUCAGGAACUUGCAGUUCUCCUCCCGGCUCUCGGCAAAGUCGCGACAACGUUCACCCCUGCAGAAACUGUCGCCGGUACGAUGUUCAAUUCAGUCCUUCUAAACGACGCCGUUUCCGCGUUGCCGAAGUUGAAAGGGCCGGUGAAGCAGCUCCUAGGUGCCGUCUCGAUCAAGAUGGCUAAGGAAGGGAAGAAAGAGCUCCUGUGGACCGACCCGGACAAGUAUCCUGACUUGGAUAGUUUGCAUACGUCGAUCCAGGUGGUUGAGAGCGAGCUCAUCGACGAGCUCAAGAAGAUCCGGAAGGUCGUCAAGAAGCCAGCGUUGACGUAUACCACUUGCGCAGGAGAGGAGUACCUCGUUGAGAUAAAUAAGAGCGAUAAGCGUACAAUACCCAUCAAUUGGACGAAAGUAUCCAGCACGAAGUCCGUGGACCGAUUCCGCACCCCCGAGAUACGGGUGAAGCUCGACGAACGCGCGCGCUACAAAGAAGCGCUCGAAAUCGCCGCGAACAAGGCGUACCUUGCGUUUCUCUCUGAGAUCACCCAGAACCAUUACGCCGUGUUGCGCGACGCCGUCAACAAGCUUGCCACGGCGGAUUGCCUACUCAGCCUCGCGGUCGUCGCUCUGCAGGAGGGGUAUGUCAAGCCGGAGUUCACCUCGGACGACACGCUCGAGAUCUCCGAGGGCAGGCAUCCGAUGGUGGAGGCGCUGAGGUCGAAUCCGUUCGUCCCGAAUUCCGUACGAAUGGGCGGGGGGAUACCUGGGAGCAAAAUAAUAACGGGUCCGAAUAUGGGCGGGAAAAGCUCGACUGUUAGGAUGGUUGCCCUCUGUGCUAUUAUGGCCCAAAUUGGUUCAUAUGUUCCGGCCAAAGCAAUGAAGAUCGGAUUGCUGGAUGGUAUUCUCACCAGAAUGGGCGCAUCGGACGAGUUGGCUCGUGGGCGAUCAACGUUCAUGGUUGAGAUGCAAGAAACGAGCGACAUUAUCAAGCUGGCGACACCCCGAACGUUGGUAAUACUGGACGAGCUGGGCCGAGGCACAUCGACUUUCGACGGCAUGGCGAUAGCAGGCGCCGUCCUGCAGCAUCUCGUGCAGACGACAAGGUGUAAGACGCUUUUCAUCACCCACUUUCCUCAGGUUGCUACGGAUAUGGAAAAGAAGUUCCCGCUCGACGUGCAGAACUUGCACAUGGGAUAUGCAGAAGACACGCGGAUCGAUGGCAGCCGAGAGGUGACCUUCCUCUACAAGCUCUCAAACGGUAUCACCACGGAGUCGUUUGGAGUCGAGUGUGCUCGCCUUGCUGGCGUACCUGAAUCCAUACUUGUCGAGGCAACCUCACAAUCAGAGAAUAUGCGUGCUGUAAUUGAGCAGCGUGUGAAGCGAAAUAAGUGGGUCGACCGAUUAUCUUAA